UGGACUUUAUGUCUUCAUUGGCACAAUUGUUCAUGUUUUAUUUAUUAAUUAUUGAAUUAAUAUUUUCAUGCAUUGCUCUAUUGAAAAUUAGCAUUUUUCCCUCGAUAAUUCCCCGGGUACGUCACAUCCGGUAAGGAAAGUACAUGUAUUUCACGAUUAGAAUAGUGCUUGCUUUGCUUUGUUCACAUCCACAAUACGAGAUUUUUCGUUUUUAAAUAUUUUAUCAUUUAUUGUUAUAUAUUAACAAAUAAGUCAGAUUAUCAUUGAAUUUUAUUAGCGGACCUUUUUUAAGUGAUUGUUGAUUGAAUUUACGUUUAUGAUAAAGACUUUUAAAAUGGAACACAAAAGCUUAGAUAAUGAAACAUUUAGGAACGAAAGCGAUGUAGGUAAAAAUCAAACGGACUUCUCUACAUUUGAGCCGUACGAAGAAGCCGCCGCUACAAUUCUCUUACUUUUAUUCACAAUCAUAAUUUGUCUAAAUGGAGUUGUAAUUUACACCCUCGUGUUUACAAAACCAAAGGAGAGUCGACUCUUCUAUUUUGAACUGCAUUUAGCAAUAGCAGAUUUUCUUGUGGGUAUAUGUAGUGUUCUUGGAGACGGUAUAACAAAUGCGCUGCAUAACGAGUGGCACGGAGGUAUUGACAGAUGUAUGGUUUUUGGAGCAUGGCUUUUAAGUUUUGUGGUAUCAAGUUUAAUGUUUCCACUCGGUACAGGAGUCGAUGCAAAUCCAGACGCUGAUGAUUUAACGAACAAAAAAGGGGGGUAUUUUAGAGAUGCCCUUUCCCGUGGUGGAAGGGAAAACAUUUUAUCAUUUAAUAUUGUAAAGGGUUAA